GAACGUCAGAGCGCUCGGUUAUCCUCAGUUAGUCUGGCAUUGUCGGUGCUUGGCGAUCGAAUGGUGGAAAACAUUGUCCACUAUCUACAAGUGGUAUAACGUCCUAGCUAUCCAAGUGAGAGAAUAGCUCAGCUACACAAAUUCCAAGUUUUGAAAGCGACAGUGAAUGCAGCAGGAGCUAGUGGUUGUGCUUGUCUUCCAAAGUAGUCCCAAGUCAGUGGAGUCUUCCCAGAGGAAGCACCGCGCACCGGCCCGGUUCCCCUCACGUUGAAACACGGUCCAGCAGUGAGAGAAGUCACCAUGCCGACCACGGAGAAGGACCUGGCGGAGGACGCCCCGUGGAAGAAGAUCCAGCAGAACACAUUUACGCGCUGGAUAAACGAGCACCUGAAGUGCGUCAACAAGCGGAUCGUGGACCUUCAGCUCGACUUGGGCGACGGCCUGAGACUCAUCGCGCUACUGGAGGUCCUGAGCCACAAGAAGAUGCACCACAGGUUCCACCAGAGGCCCAACUUCAGGCAGAUGAAGCUGGAGAACGUCUCGGUCGCUCUGGAGUUUCUGGACAACGAGAACAUCAAGCUUGUCUCCAUCGACUCCAAAGCGAUUGUGGAUGGCAACCUGAAACUGAUCCUCGGUCUGGUCUGGACUCUGAUCCUGCACUACUCCAUCUCCAUGCCCAUGUACGAGGGCGAGGAUGACGAGUCCGAGUCCAAGACCCCCAAGCAGCGUCUGCUGGGCUGGAUCCAGCACAAAGUCCCAGACCUGCCAAUCACCAACUUCAACCAAGACUGGAGGACAGGAAUGGCUCUGGGAGCGCUGGUGGACGGCUGUGCACCAGGCCUGUGUCCAGAUUGGGAGACGUGGGAUCCAGUGAAACCAGUGGAAAACGCCACUGAAGCCAUGCAACUAGCCGAUGAAUGGCUGGGAAUCCCGCAGGUGAUUGCUCCAGAGGAGAUCAUCGACCCACAGGUUGAUGAGAUGUCUGUGAUGACCUACCUAUCACAGUUCCCCAAAUCCAAACUAAAGCCAGGAGCGCCACUGAAGCCCAAACUCAACCCCAAGAAGGCCCGUGCUUAUGGACCAGGUAUUGAACCAGCGGGCAACAGGGUGCUUCGCCCUGCUGUGUUCACAGUGGACACUUUCAGCGCUGGACAGGGUCAGGUCACUGUUUAUAUGGACCAACCGGACGGCACCAGAGAGGAGCUGAAGGUGGAGCCCAAUGAAGCCAAGAAGACCUACAAUGUCUCCUAUGUUCCUCAAGUGAUGGGACCUCACAAGGUGACGGUGUUGUUUGCAGGCCAGCCCAUUCCUAAGAGUCCCUUUGAGGUCAACGUGGACAAAGCACUGGGUGACGCCUCCAAAGUGGCGGUGAAAGGACCAGGAAUCGAACCUAUGGGCAACAUUGCUAACAAACCCACAUACUUCGACAUCUACACUGCUGGGGCGGGCACAGGAGACGUGACCGUCAUGGUUAAAGACCCUCAAGGCCGUGACAACACCGUGGAGGUGAUGAUAGAGGAUAAGGGUGACAACUUGUACCGCUGCACUUACCGACCCACCCAGGCCGGCCUGCACACUGUCAGCGUCACCUUCGGAGGCGGCAGUGUGCCCAGGAGUCCCUUCAUGGUGGACGUGGGCCCAGCCUGCGUACCGGGCGCGUGCAGAGCAAUGGGCCGUGGCCUACGGGCGUCUGGUAUGAGAGUGCAGCAAUUGGGUGACUUCAGGGUGGACACCAGGAACGGCGGCAGUGGAGAGCUGAAGAUUGUGGUCAAAGAUCCCAAGGGUGGCGAUGAGCGAGUGAAGCACAUAUCCAGUCAAGACAACGUACACUCCUAUGAGUAUUACCCCAUCAGUACAGGCAAAUAUACAGUCGCCAUUGCCUGGGGUGGCCAGCAUAUCCCCAAGAGUCCCUUUGAAGUGGUCGUGGGUCCGGAGGCGGGUCCUCAGCAGAUCAGGGCCUGGGGUCCUGGUCUAGAAGGAGGGGUUGUGAGCAAACCUGCCAUCUUUGUCGUGGAGUCUGUUGGCAGCGACGUCGGUGUCCUGGGUUUUGCCAUCGAGGGGCCGUCACAGGCCAAGAUAGAGUGUGAGGACCAGAAUGAUGGCUCAUGUGAUGUCCAGUACUGGCCCACAGAGCCCGGUGAGUACGCCGUGCAUGUGACCUGCGACGACGAGGACAUCGAACACAGCCCCUUCAUGGCAUACAUCCUCCCUGACCGCCACAUCAACCACCCCGACAAGGUCCAAGCAUUUGGACCCGGGCUUGAGAAGAAUGGCUGCUUGGUCCACGAGCCAGUGGAGUUCACUGUCAGCGCUAAGGAUGCUGGGAACGGACCUCUGAAGAUCAUAACACAGGACGCAGAGGGUCUUCCUGUGGAGGUGAAGGUGAGGAGCAAAGGAGACGGGCUGUACUCGUGCUCGUACACGCCCACCUCGGCGCUCAAACACACGGUGGCCGUGGCCUGGGGAGGAGUCAGCAUCCCCAACAGCCCCUUCAGGGUCAAUGUGGGCAAAGGUAGCCACCCCAACUUGGUCAACGUAUUCGGUCCUGGCGUGGAAAGGACAGGCCCCAAGGCCAAUGAGCCGACACACUUCACAGUGGACUGUUCCGGAGCUGGAGAUGGUGACGUCAGCGUGGGCAUCAAGUGCGACGCCAACAUGGUCGGCGAUAAAGAGGCUGAUGUGGACUUUGACAUCAUUCCAAACGCCAACGACACCUUCACUGUCAAGUACAUCCCGCCUGCUGCCGGGAAGCUCACCAUUAAAGUCCUGUUCACCGACAAGGAAGUUCCUCAGAGUCCUUUCCUCGUCAAAGUGGAUCCCUCCCAUGACUCAUCAAAGGUCAAGGCAGAGGGUCCUGGACUGGCUCGCACUGGUGUUGAGAGCGGCAUACCGACUCAUUUUACAGUGCUGACUAAAGGAGCCGGGAAAGCGCUGCUGGACGUUUCCUUCUCAUCUCCUGUCAAGGACUUUGACGUCAUCGACAACUAUGACUACUCUCAGACUGUCAAAUACACACCUGUGACGCCGGGCGACAUGAGCAUCACGGUAAAGUUUGGAGGAGAUCCCAUCACAAAGAGCCCCUUCACGGUCGGUGUGGCAGCCCCCCUGAACCUCAAUAACGUCACGGUGGACAACUUGGACGGACGAGUGGAGGUGGGACAAGAGCAGCACUUCAAGGUGGACAUGAAGGAAGCAGGGGGUCAGGGUCGCUUGGAGGUUGAAGUGCUGAGUCCCAGCCAGAAGGCAGUGCCCUGUAAAGUGGAGCCUCAACCUGGAAAUGCAGAUGUCCGCCUGGUCCGUUACACACCCACAGAAGAGGGGGUGUACGCCGUCAAUGUGUCUUAUGAUGGACAUCCCAUCUCUGGGAGCCCCUUCCCCGUGGAAGGACAGCUGCCACCGGACCCAAGCAAGGUAAAGGCUUUCGGUCUGGGCCUGAAAAGAGGUCUGGUGGGAAACCCAGCAGAGUUUACCAUUGACACCAAAGGCGCCGGGACAGGAGGGCUGGGUCUGACGGUGGAGGGUCCGACAGAAGCCAAGAUCGAGUGCUCAGACAAUGGAGAUGGGACCUGCUCUGUCUCCUACCUGCCUACUGAACCUGGAGAAUACCUGGUCAACAUCCUAUUUGAGGAGGUCCACAUCCCAGGCUCGCCGUUCAGAGCGGACAUCCAGAUGCCCUUUGAUCCCAGCAAGGUGGUGGCAUCUGGGUUGGGCCUGACCAAGGCUAAGGUGGGUGAAGCCAAUGUGGUCGAUGUGGACUGCUCUCGUGCUGGACACGGUCAGCUCAGCCUGGAGGCCGUCCCAGAUCCAUCCACUGGUUCUGCACCCUCAGGUAUGAAAGCCGAGACGGAGGUGGUGGACAACAAAGACGGGACCUACACGGUCACUUAUGUCCCUCUGACCUCUGGUAUGUACACACUGCUGCUGAAGUAUGGAGGCAAGACCGUUCCUGGUUUCCCAGCCAAGGUGAUGGUGGACCCUGCUAUCGAUGUCUCCAAGGUCAAAGUGUUUGGACGUGGAGUGGACGGAAAAGGUGUUUUCAAAGAUGCCACCACAGCAUUUACAGUGGACGCUCGCCCUCUGACCCGGCGAGGAGGAGAGCACGUGAAGGUGGAGAUCAGGAGUCCUUCUGGAGCGCUGGCAGACUGCAUGGUUACAGACAAGGCGGACGGGACGUACAGGGUCGAGUACACUCCCUUUGAGAGCGGUGACCACAGCAUCCAGGUUAUCUAUGACAACACCCCGGUUCUAAAGAGCCCAGUCAGGGUUUCUGUGUCUGAGGGCUGCGACCCUAGCAGGGUGAUGGCUACUGGGCCUGGGCUCCAGAAUGGCCUAACUGACAGGCCCAAUGCCUUCGACAUCAUUACCAGAGGGGCUGGCACAGGAGGUCUCGGCAUCGCCGUGGAGGGUCCAUCAGAGUCAAAGAUGGCGUGCAAAGACAACAAAGAUGGCAGCUGCAGUGUGGAGUAUAUUCCCCUUACGCCGGGCAUCUAUGAUAUCAAUAUCACCUACGGAGGAGAGCACAUCCCAGGGAGUCCCUUCAAGGUUCCUGUGCAGGACAUUGUUGACCCUCAUAAGGUCAAAGUGUCUGGUCCAGGUGUGGGUCAAGGGGUCAGAGCCCAAAUUCCUCAGUCGUUCACUGUGGACUGCAGAAAGGCGGGUGAGGCCCCGCUUGCCGUGACCGUCAACGCCCCUAGAGGCGUUUCGGAGCCUGUGGAGGUGGUGCACAACAGGGACGGCACCCACACGGUGUCCUACACGCCCUCUGUGGAGGGCCUGUACUCCGUGGCUGUCCAGUAUGCGGAGGAGGAUAUCCCCCGCAGUCCCUUCAGGGUUCGGGUCCUGCCCACUCACGAUGCCAGUAAAGUACGAGCCAGCGGUCCUGGCCUGACCAGCAAAGUUCUCGCCAGCUUCCCAGUCGAGUUCAACAUUGACACCAAGCAAGCUGGCCAGGGACAGCUCAGCGUGCUCAUCACUGACCAGGACGGUAAGCCUAAGCUGCCCAGUAUCCAUGACAACGGAGAUGAUACAUACGAGGUGUCUUACAUACCUGACCGUGCGGGUCGCUACACCAUCAUCAUCAAGUACGGCGGUGACGACAUCCUUACAUCGCCCUACAGAGUCCAGGCGACGGCAACAGGAGAUGCCAGCAAGUGCUUUGCCACCGGCCCAGGUGUGGGCCCCAUCGUGGCCCUGGGUGAGGACCUGGCCAUCGUCGUGAAUGCUAAGGGAGCCGGGAAGGGUAAGGUCAAUUGCGUGGUGGUGCGGCCGGACGGCAGUGAGGUGGACGCUGAGGUCAUGGAGAACGAGGACGGCACCUUUGAUAUUUUCUGCACGGCUCUGAUGCCUGGGAAAUAUGUGAUAUAUGUGCGCUUUGGAGGAGAAAACAUCCCUGGAAGUCCCUUCAAAGUCAUGGCAACCGAUGAGGUACCCAUGAUCCAAGAGCAGACGUCACUCCAGCAACAAGCUGCUCCACCAGGAGCUGGCUUCCAUCCCUGGGUGACCUCAGACAACUAUGAGGUCGUCAGCGACAGUGUGAACGGAAGCGGCUUCAGACCUUUUGACCUGGUCAUACCCUUCUCCUUCAAUAGGGGACAAAUCACUGGCGAGGUGCUUAUGCCUUCGGGGAAGUCUGCUCAGCCUAUGAUCAUGGACAACAUGGACGGAACUGUGACUGUGCAGUAUUCGCCCACCGAGGCCGGCCUGCACGAGAUGCACAUCAAACACAACGGCACACACAUUCCAGAGUCUCCUCUUCAGUUCUACGUGAACCAUGGCAGCAGUCCAAAUGUCACAGCCUACGGUCCUGGUCUCAGCUACGGAAUCGCCAACAAGACGGCUGCCUUCACCGUCAACACGGAGGAUGCCUCGGAAGGAGGCCUGGACCUGGCCAUCGAGGGUCCGUCCAAGGCGGAGAUCAGCUGUGUGGACAACAAGGAUGGCACGUGCAGCGUCAGCUACCUGCCCACGCUGCCAGGAGACUACAAUAUCUUGGUCAAAUACAACAACAAACACAUCGCCGGCAGCCCCUUCACCGCCAAGAUUACGGAGGACAAACAACGUCGCUCUCAGGUCAAACUGGGCUCGGCGGCAGAUUUCUUCCUGGAUAUCAAUGAGACGGACCUCAGCCUGCUGAAUGCUAGCAUCAUGGCGCCAUCGGGCCGCGAGGAGCCCUGCCUGCUCAAGAGGAUGGCCAACAACCACAUCGGUAUCUCCUUUAUCCCCAGGGAGGUUGGCGAGCAUCGCGUCAGCAUCAUGAAGAACGGCCGCCACGUCGCUAACAGCCCCAUCACCAUCAUGAUUGUGCAGUCGGAGAUAGGCGAUGCCAGCCGGGUCAAAGCUCACGGCGACGGCCUUGUGGAGGGCACCACUUUUACCGACGCAAGCUUUGUGGUGGACACACGAGAGGCGGGUUAUGGCGGCCUCGCUCUGUCCAUCGAAGGUCCCAGUAAGGUUGACAUCCAGACGGACGACAUUGAGGAUGGAACGUGUCUGGUCACUUAUUGUCCCACUGAGCCUGGGAACUACAUUGUCUCUAUUCGUUUCUCUGACAAGCACAUCCCAGGAAGUCCAUUCACAGUGCAGGUGACGGGGGAGGGUCGCAUCCGCGAGAGCAUCACUCGCAAACAGAAGGCUGCGCCUGUCGCUGGUGUGGGCAGCGUCUGUGACCUCAGCUUGAAGAUACCAGCGCUGGAUGUGCGUGAUGUGACGGCCGAGGUCACGUGCCCAUCUGGAUCCAGUCAGCCUGCCCAGCUGGUCACCAUGGGCAACGACACCUACUGCGUGCAGUUCGUGCCCUCCGAGACAGGUGUGCACAGGGUGAACGUAAGGUACCAGGGCAGCCACGUGCCCGGCAGCCCUUUCCAGUUCACCGUGGGGCCGCUGGGUGAGGGCGGUGCCGCCAAGGUCAAAGCUGGUGGUCCAGGACUGGAGGCAGCACUGGCGGGAGAGCCAGCGGAGUUCAGUAUCUGGACCAGAGAGGCCGGCGCCGGGGGUCUGUCUGUGGCCGUGGAGGGACCCAGCCGGGCAGAGAUCUCCUUCGAUGACCGCAAAGAUGGGUCCUGCGGUGUCUCUUACGUGGCCCAGGAGCCCGGUAAUUACGAGAUUGCCGUGAAGUUCAACGACCAGCACAUCCCAGACAGUCCCUACUUGGUCCCUGUUGUGGCCCCCCCCACCUAUGACACCCACCGCCUGAAUAUUAGUGGCCUUCAGAAAUCUGGUCUGAAGGUCAACCAGCCAGCGACAUUUAAUGUGUGCAUGGACGGAGCCAAGGGCAAGCCAGAGGCCAAGGUCACAAGCCCCUCUGGAGCACGGCAGGAGUGUGUCGUCAGCCUGCUGGAAAAAGAUAAGUACGCCAUCCAGUUCAUUCCCAGGGAGACAGGUCUUCACACUGUCGAUGUCAAGUUGGGCUCUGAAGUCCAAGGAACGUCUUUCACCGUCCUGGUCGGGAAGCCAGAGCAGGCUGGAAAUCCUGGUCUGGUGUCAGCAUACGGCGCUGGUCUGGAGAGAGGCACCUCGGGUGCCCAGUCCGAGUUCACCAUUGACAACACCAAGGCGGGUCAGGGGGCUCUGGCCGUGACUAUCGAGGGCCCGUCCAAGGUCAAGAUGGACUGUCUGGAGGUGGCUGAGGGCUACAAGGUGCAUUACACACCUAUGGCUCCAGGAAACUACGUCAUCAGCAUUAAGUAUGGAGGCUCGGACCACAUUACUGGAAGUCCCUUCAAGGCCAGAGUCACGGGUCCUCCACUGGUGAACAUGAGCAGCGCCAGCGUGUCAUCCACGCUGACCGUAGAACCACCAGCGGGAGGGUCCAGCAGUAGCCUGGCCCUCAGCAGGCCGGCCGCCUCGGACGCCAGCAAGGUGCUGAGCCGAGGCCUUGGACUCAGCAAGGCCUUUGUGGGCCAGAAGAGCAGCUUCUCUGUGGACUGCAGCAAGGCCGGUAAGAACAUGCUAGUGGUGGGCGUCCACGGCCCUGAGGUUCCCUGCGAGGAGGUUCUAAUCAAGCACCUGGGAGACAUGCAGUACAACGUCAGCUAUGUGCUGAGGGAACACGGAGACUACGUCCUGGUGGUCAAGUGGGGCGAGGACCACAUCCCCGGAUCGCCCUUCCAUGUUAACGUCCCAUGAUUAGCUAAACAUGAUGCUCCGCUCUUUACUUUGUACGCUAAAUUAUUUGCUGCUUCAGUCGCAUGUUUUUUUAAGGAAUGUAAAACUUAAAACUUCUCAUUGUUAUGGAACAAGUGAAAAUGUGUUUUAAUCUCGCCCAUAUUGAUAUUAAGCAGACAAAUGUUGCUGGAAUUAUUUUAAAAGAAGUAGCAUUUCCAAAGUGUUAAAAAUGGACGCUGCCAAAAUUUUAACUGGAAUUCAGAGUAUUUCAUGAGCCAAACUUCCUUCUCAUCCUCCAAAUUGCCAAUUGUGCUAAGUGUGAAUUACGACUGGACUUUACAUGUAGACUACUGACGUUCAUUCAAAUUCCCACAAUCCCUUGCUGCAUGUCAACUUCAGCUUCAUUGUUGUCACACGCAUGGAUUUGAUCACAAUGUUGAGUUGUGAUGUUUCCCUCGUUGGCCUGUACAGUGAGGGCAUCGGUCCACUAAUGAUGUUCUAUGUAAGGGAAAACAUUUUGGUCUCUGGAUCGAAUGUUUUAAGUGUGAGCGAAUCACUGUGAUAAUGUACAUUUGAUAAUAAAAAUGAA